AUGACGCUGACGGUGCGGCGCCGUGCGGUGUGCGCGUUGGCGCUCCUCGCGCUGCUCUGCGGCUGCUGCUGCGCAACGGCGGCGGCUGCUUCUUCGGCUGAGGAGGAGGUGGAUGUGUCGGUGCAGAUUUCGUGCGCGGACAGUGACAACAAGUUGAGUUGGCGCUUUCCUGGUGAAGGUGCCUGGCAGAAGUGUGCAUUCACUGUGGAUGAGUCUUUCAGAAUGAGUGGAGCCAUUGGCGACGAUGAGAACUCCCUCUGCGCCUGGGCCGGAGCUCAGUACUUUCCUUCCAGUUCAGCGAGUGGUAGCGUCUGCUCUGGAGCCACGGCAGAGAAUGCUCCUGCGCUCACGAUGAGGUGCAAAACGAAGAAAAGCAGUGGAGCGUACAAGCGGUCAGUGGCAGCAAACAAGCAACCCGGCGGUGCGGUUUCUGCGGCUGCGGGCAGCGAGCCACUUGGCGCGCUGACGGAGUGUCAAGUGCAGCCGCCCGGUGAGGGAGCGGCGGAUGGGCGCGGCGGGGUUGCGCCUGGGGGACCAUCGCCGCCAACGGCAGCAGCCUCGUUGUUCCGCGCGUGUUGA